AUGGCACAGUGGGAGAUGUUGCACAAUAUUGACAGCCCAUUUAAUGAGGAGCUGCAUGUACUCUAUACAAAUAGCCUCCUGCCAAUGGAAGUUCGGCAGCACUUGGCUGUCUGGAUUGAGGACCAGAAUUGGGAUCAAGCUGUACUGGGCAAUGAUGAGGGCAAGGCUAACAUGCUCUUCUUUCACUUCUUGGAACAACUGAGCAAUGAGAUUGGACGCUGCAGCGGGGAACAGUGCAUAUUGCUCAAGCACAACUUGCGAAAAAUGCAUCGGGAAAUUCAGGCCUUACCCAACGCCCAUAUCCAGUUGGCCGAAAUGAUAUUUAAUCUCCUUCGAGAAGAAAAACAAAUUUUGAUCAAGGCUCAGACAGCUCAGUCGAAACAAGAGCCAGUCCAUGAAGUGUCUGUGGAGAGCAAGCAGCAUGAAAUUGAAUUCCGGAUUGUAGAAUUAAGGACCAGGAUAACGACGCUGGAGAAAUCCAUGGAACAGUUGAAAGACCUGCAAGAUAUCUUCUCCUUCCGCUUUAAUUGCAAUGUCAAAGUGAAAACAUCCUCUUUGGACAUCCAUAAGAAAGAACAACUCGAGGUGCUGCAGCAAACUGCCAAUGAACUGGACAAGUCUAGAAAGGAGACACUGGAUGAAUUUAAAGCUCUGUUGGGCCGAUUAACUACCCUAGUGGACCUCCUCCUGCCCAAGUUGGAUGAAUGGAAAGCCCAGCAGCAGAAAGCUUGCAUUGGGGCCCCACUGCACUGUGGCUUGGAGAAGCUAGAGCAAUGGUUCACAGCUACAGGGAAAAUACUGUUCAACCUGCGGCAGCUGCUGAACCAACUGAAGGAAAUGAGCCUCGAAAUCAAAUACCGGAAUGAUGUUGUCUUCAAAGGAGUGGGCCUGCUGGACGCCCAGGUCACAGAGCUGCUCCAGCGCCUGCUCCACAGGGCCUUCGUGGUAGAAACGCAGCCCUGCAUGCCCCAGACUCCCCAUCGACCCCUCAUCCUCAAGACUGGGAACAAGUUCACUGUCAGAACACGGCUGCUGGUGAGACUUCAAGAAGGCAAUAAGUCACUAACAACAGAAGUCUUCAUUGACAGGAAUCCGUCUCAAUUACAAGGCUUCCGGAAAUUCAAUAUUAUCACUUCAAACCAGAAAACUUUGACCCCUGACAAAGGGCAGAAUAAUGGCUUAAUUUGGGACUUUGGCUACAUGACUCUGAAGGAGCAACGCUCAGGCGACUCUGGAAAAGGCAUCAGUAAGGGACUGGUGAGUGUGACCGAGGAACUACACAUCAUCAGCUUCACCAUCAAAUACACCUAUCAGGGACUGGAGCAGGAGUUAAAAACUGACACCCUCCCUGUGGUGAUCAUUUCUAAUAUGAACCAGCUGUCCAUUGCUUGGGCCUCAGUCCUCUGGUUCAAUCUACUCGGCACCAAACCCCAGAAUCAACAGUUCUUCUCCAACCCUCCAAAGGCGCCCUGGAACUUGUUGGGUCUUGCUCUCAGCUGGCAGUUUUCCUCCUACGUUGGCCGAGGCCUCAGCGUGGAGCAACUGAACAUGCUGAGAAACAAGCUGUUUGGAAAGAAUGCAAAGACCCAGGAUACAUUACUGUCCUGGGCUGAUUUUAUUAAGCGAGAGAGCCCCCCCGGCAAGCUGCCGUUCUGGACAUGGCUGGACAAAAUUCUGGAACUGGUCCACGACCACCUAAAGGACCUCUGGGUUAAUGGAUUCAUCAUGGGAUUUGUGAGCCGAAACCAGGAACGCCGGCUGCUGAAGAAGUCCAUGCCUGGCACCUUUCUACUACGCUUCAGCGAAACAUCAGAAGGGGGCAUUACCUGCUCGUGGGUGGAGCACCAGGAUGAUGAUAAGGUGGUCAUCUAUUCAGUGCAGCCCUACACCAAGGAGGUGCUUCAGAGGCUCCCGCUGACCGAAAUCAUCCGCCACUACCAGAUGCUGACCACACAGAACAUCCCUGAGAACCCACUGCGCUUCCUCUAUCCCCAAAUACCCCGGGAUGAGGCUUUUGGUCGCUACUACUGGGAGAAAGUUGACUUCCAGGAACAGAGAAAAUACCUGAAACAUAAGCUCAUUGUGGUUUCUAACAGACAGGCGGAGGAGCAGCCACAACCACUGGAGCUUGAUAAUUUGGAUCCUGAAGAGGAGUUACCAGACCUGACUCUGGAUCUGGCUCCAGGGUCAGUGCCUGGGGAAGACCUGCUGCUGGAGCCCAUGCUGGAGACAAGACUGGUGCUAGAGCCAACACUGGAGACCAUGCAGGAACCUCUGUUGAGUGGGGAGCUAGCUAGAAUACAAGAACUGAGUCUGGGUGCAGAACUGAACGGGGAACCUCUCCCAGGUCCUUUUACACAGAGAGAAAUCGAGCCAGACUUGCCUCCUGAUCUGAGAAAUGUGAACACUGAGGAAAUGGAGAUCUUCAGAAACAUGAACUUCGAAGAAAUCAUGACCAAUGGUGACCCACUGUUGUGCGACCAGAACAGCAGGGAUGAGGCCGAUGACUACUUCCAAUCCAACCAUUUCUCCACAACCGCUUUGAUUCCUUCCGACUUCUAG